AUGAGUGAAGACUCACCCAUUCAAAAGGAGCCGAGGCCUAUUAGGAGGAAGGCGGUGAAGGCAAAGAGGGGAAUUAAUUCUACGAGUAAUACCUCUAAAUUUUUGGAGGAAAUUGCAAGGCAAAGCGCCUUGAGAAUUGAAAUAGACAAGAAAGUUCAAGAAAAUGAUAGGGCAAUGGCGAUAGAAUUUACUAAAGAAAGGGAGUAUCAACGCAAAGAAAACGAAGAAAAGAAGGAUUGGGAAACCAUGGCCAUGGAUACAAGCCACAUGUCUCCUGAAACAAAACAAUAUUGGAAGCUAGAACGAAAGGCUAUUAUGAGACGAAGACUUUUUCGUGAUGAUGGACCUAGCAAUACGGAUUGGUUAAAUGAUGAAAACCCUUAA